GAUAUUUUGGCCGGAAAACUCCGAUGAGUCUCCUAGGAUACAAUGGUUUAGUUCGGUCCAUUUUCUUCUAGUGCUAGGCGGCGGUCUUCAUUCUGGCCCAGUCCAGUAUACAAGCUCUAAACAUAAGCGCGCUGCAGAGAGCAAUGCUACUCAGCUUUCAGGCACAGAAAAAUCUGACAAACACUACACGCCCCACCUUCUUUCCGGGUUUUGAUUGACCCACCUCUCUCUCUCUGGGAAUCAUGGACUCCUCAAAUAGAGGUACUUCUAUUAUUUCCACCCUCUUUUUUUUGGUUGUAAAUACCUGUUAACUUUGUCAUAUAUAGCCCGCAGUAAAUUUAGUUUUUCUCGAGCAUAAUUUCUUCUUCAUCAAGAAUGGUGUUCUGGGUUGUCUUUAUUUUUAGUUUUUGAGCUAAAAAAACUGGUUUUUGAGAAGCUUCAAUGGUGGAAUAGCGUUGGUUUCACUGACCCCAAAGAGUUGGGAUGAGGCAGUUUGUGGUAUUGCUUGAAAAAACUCGAAUUGGGGGUUGAUGGGUAUUUGCUCAUGUUCAAGGAUAUUUUUAGCUGAGUCGUGUCUACUUCGGAACCAAGUCAUUCUCCGGGAAAAAUGCCUUGUUAGAGCUUAUUAUGCUGCUGCUUCUGCAAUUUUUUCAGAAGACCAUAUGUUCGAGGAAAAUCCUAAAAUUGAAACUAAUAUAAUUGAUAAAGUUAAUGUGCCGAGAAACAGGUCGCGUAUCCGGAAAAAGCCCAAACUAUUUCCCUUAGUUGGCAGAGUUUUCAAGUCUUUGAAUUGGAUAGUUGCCAGAGAAAUAAGAUUUUCAACGGCCGUGAGAAAGUAUGGAUUUUCUCAUUCAAUCGAUGCAUUUAGAAUUAUUGUUCAUAUAUUCGCAUUAGCUAGGAUGCAGAUGGAAGUUCAUGCUUUGCUUAGAGAUAUCAUUGGAUAUUACAAUGAAGUUGGUUAUGAUGCGUUUGAAUUGUUCCCAACUUUGCUGGAUUCAUCUCAGCAUGUGGUGAGAUCGAUUGUUGUAUUUGAUGUACUCAUAAAAGUUUUUGCGGCCAAUUCAAUGCUUGAGAAUGCUGUGGAUGUGUUUAUGCGGGCUAAGAGUGUUGGGCUUAAACCAGAUAUUUUUUCGAGUAAUUUCUUAUUGAAGUGUUUGGUGGAAGAAAAUAAAGUGGAAUUUGUUAGAAGUUUAUUUGAAGAUUUAAAAAACUCUGGACCAUCACCUAAUGUUUACACCUACACAAUUAUGAUUAACUUUUACUGUAAAGGGCAUCUUUGUCAGGAUGUAGAUAUUGGACAAGCGACUGAGAUUCUCAAAGAGAUGGAGAGGAGUGGGGAAAACCCAACUGUUGUGACAUACGGUACAUAUAUCCAUGGACUUUGUAAAGUUGGUUGUGUCGAGUUUGCCUUGGAAUACAUCCGGAAUUUGAGAUGGAGAAACGAGCCUGUAAAUAACUAUUGUUAUAAUGCUAUUAUAUAUGGGUUUAGCCAAAAAGGUGAAGUAUAUGAAGCUUUGAAAGUUUUGGAAGAAAUGAAGAGCUUUGGAAUAUCACCAGAUGUUUACAGUUACAGCAUUUUGAUUGAUGGGUUUUGCAGGAAGGGGGAUAUUGAGAAAGGUCUUAAUUUGAUUGAAGAAAUGGGUCACUAUGAUUUGAGACCGUCCCUAGUUAGCUAUAGUUCACUCUUCUAUGGUCUAUGUAAGGGCGGACUGAUGAACAUCACACUAGACAUGUUCCAUAAUCUUGGGGCUGCUGGUUAUAGAUAUGAUCAUAUUGCUUAUGAAAUCUUAAUCAAUGGGUUUUGUAUGCAGGGCGAUAUGUAUUCUGCCUGUAUACUUUUGGAGGAGAUGAUCAGCAAUAAUUUGGUUCCUGAUGCUUUCAAUUUCCACAGCCUGAUUCAUGGGUUCUGCAAGUUGGGCCUCUUAGAUAAGGCCUUGGAAGUUUUCAAUAUCAUGCUACUUCAUGGUGUCUUGCCUAAUACCAUCACUUGCAAUGUUAUAAUUGCUGGAUAUUGCAAGGAAGGGCACUUGGAGGAAGCCUUGAAACUUAUGGAUGAAAUGCAAGACCUAGGCAUUUUCCUUAACUCGUAUACCUAUAAUGCAGUUAUUAACAGGCUGUGCAAGGAAAGAAAAUCAGAAAAAGCUUGGGAACUUUUUCCUCAAAUGCUUAAGAGGAAUGUACUCCCUGGAGUUUUUAAUUAUGGUACGCUGAUGGAUGGUUUUGCCAAACAGUCAAAUUUUAAGAAGGCCUUGAUGUUGUACACAAGAAUGCUAAAAGUUGGGGUCAUGCCUGACACAGUCACGUAUACAAUUCUUAUUAACAUAUUUUGCCAGAAACACAAAAUGCAUGAAGCAUAUAAUUUGUUCAAGGAAAUGACUGAAAAAGGUUUGGUUCCAGAUAAAGUUUCUUACACAUCUUUGAUUGCUGGGUUUAGCGGAACUAAUGACAUGAAGAAGGCUUGGGCAUUGUUCGAUGAGAUGUUGAGGAAAGGCCAUAUGCCCAGUGUUGUAACUUAUACCUGUUUAAUUUAUGGUUUUUGCAAUUUGCAACGCAUGGACAUGGCUAACUUGUUGGUUGAUGAAAUGAAGAGGAACAAAGUGACUCCAGAUGUGGUAACUUACACUGUUCUCAUCACUUGUUACCAUAGACUUGGAAAUACUGAAAGAGCACAUGAGUUAUUUGAUGAAAUGAAGGCAAGUGGUAUUGUUCCAGAUGGUAUUGCUUUGCGCUGGGGCAUAAAAGCUGGUGCAGUUUCCAAAAGCUAGGAAGCUGAGGGAAUGGCGUUGUGAGGACCAGAUGUAUUAGUGAAGCGGAUAAGGCUUAUGACUCGAGGUUUUUGGUGAUUGAAGAGGGAUUUAUUUCUGGAUGAUACAACUUAAGGAGUACACAAUUGGGUUGGUUAUGGAGUUGGAUAACAUUGCAAAAGCCACCUUGGACAGGAGAUGGCGAUGAGAGUGGCUACUCUACUUGACUGUGACCAUAGUUAAUACUUGCCGUUGGGAACCAAUGAUAGGAGGGGCCUAGAUGGAUGGGGAGACUGCAGAUGCUUCCUCAAGCUAGUUUAGCCAAAGCCUGACCCAACCCCACCGAGGACACUAGCGAGACCCAAGCCAAUGCUAUGAGCAAUGCCCAAACUCCUCUAAACUGUCUCUAGAACCUCCAAUAAGGCAA